AUGAGAGAUAAUAUACUCUGGUUAGUAAAAUAUCAGCUCUUUUGCUGUUUGUUUGCCCGUUUGGAUUUUGUUAGGGGGCAGAUUCAUUAUUCUGUUCCCGAGGAAUUGCAACUGGGUGCCUUUGUUGGGAAUAUUACAAUUGAUUUGGGGUUAAAUUUAAAGGAGCUGUCAGCUCGUAGAUUGCGGGUGGCGCCCAGUCCGAGGAAACGGUAUGUUGACGUUAAUUUGGAGAAGGGGAUUUUAUUUGUGAAUGAAAAUAUCGACCGGGAGCAACUUUGCGGGCCGAGCACCGAAUGCGUUUUAUCAUUUAACGUUGUGCUUGAAAAUCCCCUCGGUCUGCACCAGGUGGAAGUGGAGAUUCUCGAUGUAAAUGACAACGCUCCCAGUUUCCCCAACAGUCAGAUUCGUCUGGAAAUCUCAGAGAUUAUGGCACCGGGAGCGCGAUUCCCCCUCGAGGCAGCGCACGAUCCGGAUAUUGGAGCUAAUUCCUUACAGACAUAUCAGCUCCUUCCCAAUGAAUAUUUCAUUCUUGACAUAGAAGAACGUGAUAGAAUAGGAGCAUUACCGUUGUUGGUUCUACAAAGGGGUUUGGACAGAGAAAAGAUAUCGACGCAUCAGUUAACGCUACUUGCUGAAGACGGCGGAGUCCCCGUGAGGUCAAGCACUGCACAAAUAAUAAUCAUUGUAAAGGAUACGAAUGACAACUCUCCUGUUUUCUCGCAGUCGGUUUAUAAGGUCAAUACGUUAGAAUCGGCUCCCAUGGGAACGCUGAUUAUCACGCUAAACGCCACUGAUUUGGACGAUGGUACGAAUGGAGAGAUUACAUAUGCCCUCAGCAGCCAUAAUUCAGCUGAGGUCCGUGCGUUAGUACGUGUGAAUUCCAAAACCGGUGAAAUUAGACUGCAAGAUCACUUGGACUAUGAAAAAAGAAAGACUUUUGUAAUCAAUAUUCAAGCAGUGGAUAAUGGUCAACCCGCAAUGUCUCGGCGCUGCGAUGUGCUGGUGGAUUUAAUCGAUGUGAAUGACAACGCACCUGAACUUACGGUGACAUCUUUGUCAAAUGCCGUGCCAGAAAAUGCCCCAGUGGGAACUAUUGUCGCCCUUCUUAAUGCAGAAGAUAAAGAUUCUGGGCACAAUAGACAAGUGCAAUGUCAAAUUCCGAAUAAACUUCCCUUUAAGUUAGAUUCCCCCGUGAAGAAUAAUUGGAAACUGCUGAUACAGCAUGAACUGGAUCGCGAAACUAUCUCUAGGUAUGACAUCACUGUAACUUGCAUGGACACAGGGAACCCUCCCCUCACCUCUAAGGAAACUAUCCAUGUGGAAGUUUCAGAUGUAAAUGAUAAUGUCCCAAGUUUUACACAGCCUAGAUACACGGCAAAUAUUAUGGAGAACAAUGUUGUUGGGGAUUCCAUAUUCUCUCUGACAGCCUUCGAUCCAGAUACUGGGCAGAACGCCCGACUGAAAUUUAGUAUUAUGAAUUUAUCCGUAGCCUCGUAUGUCUCCAUCAAUUCAAAGAGUGGUGUCAUCUUUGCGCAGAGAUCGUUCGAUUACGAGAGAUUGAAAAACUUCCAGAUCCAAGUUCAGGUGCAGGACUCUGGAGUCCCAGCCCUCACCAGUAACGUCACAAUUGAUGUUGUUAUCCUUGAUCAAAACGAUAAUACCCCAGUGAUUGUGCAUCCUUUACCUGAGUUUGGGUCAACAGUAAUGGAGACAAUAUCCAGGUUUGCUGAACCUGGAUACCUCGUGGUCAAAGUAUCAGCCACGGACGCCGACGCUGGUCAGAAUGCCCGUCUGUCUUACCACAUAUUUCAGGCUACCCAUCGCGAUUUGUUUACUAUUUCAACGGACACUGGUGAGGUUUGGACUAUCCGUGGUAUACAAAGUAAGGAUGCUUCUAAACAGCGACUGGUGAUUGUUGUAAAAGAUAAUGGAAGGCCCUCACUAUCGGCCACAGUAACCAUAGUAAUAUCUUUGGCAGGGGGCGAAACGAUCACCAGUGCUACCAGUUUAAGUAAAGAUCAUGAGUUCUUCCCUGAUCUGAACCUUUAUUUGGUCAUAACAUUAGGGACAAUAUCUGUAAUUUUUCUAGUAAUUUUAAUUAUCCUUGCUAUCAAUGCUUAUAACAGAAACGGAAUAAGAUGCCAUUACAGCUCUCCGAAUAUCUGUUGCUGUUGGAAAACAAGAAAUUUCCUAAAUGGAACUCAAAAGGCCAGUAGAAGCCUUCAUAUACCACCAAACUAUAUUGAAGUAUUUGGAGGUGAUCCACUUUCUCAGAGCUUCCGUUACGAGUCGUGUUCAACGUUGCAUUCCGUAAAGAAAGAACUCACGGCCCCACACAAACGUGGACCACCUGCAGAAAAUUCCUACGCAAAGCAAGCAACUCUAGCUAAAGAAAGUGCAGGAAUGGUAAGUUCUGAAAUCUACAGCUGCAAUACAAGUAACGAGGUGAGUUACUUCGCAAAAGAAAAUAGUUUUUGA